UAGAGGGUGAGAUGGAGAGAACCAGUUGAUGUCCAAGGGGGUUGCUGAGGUCCUAGGAUACAGACUGCAACUAGAGUCCUGAAGAGAGCUCUGUCCCCAGCAUCCUGUGAUGUCUUUCUUCUCUCUCUACCAUGUUCAUGGACACCCUUGAGUUGUGUUAAAAACAAGAUUUGGAUUUAUCUAACAUCCUUGAGGGAGCAGAAAGCACUCAAGCUGGAUUUUUAAGUCAUUGCACAUUAACAAUAAACCACAAGUCGCAAAAUGUGAUCCUGAGUAAAAUGCUUCUGAAAAAUUAGCUUCAAGCAACAGAGGAAAGAAAACUGGCGGGCCGUUUUAAAACACUGGUCUAAAACAAACUGUUCUUGUUGGAAAUUACAACUGGAAAGUUUUGCCUGGCUCUCAAUAUACCCAAAUGAAAGGCACUGUCAACUUGUUUCUCAUAGAGACCAGGAUUAUGUGAGAUUACCUGUUAUCUUAACAUGAUCAGCAGGGGAGGGAACACAGAAGAGUAACUGAAGGACACAGGUCAAGAUGACUUCUGAAGAAAUGGCCGCUUCCGUUCUCAUCCCUGUGACUCAGAGGACAGUGGCUUCUGCCCAGUCGGCAGUGGGAGAGGACAAGAGUAAACUGGUCUCAGAUGCUGCUGUUUCAAAGGUACGCGCUGGCAGGCGCAGUGGCCAGAUCCCUCAGACCCUCUCACAGUGGAACAAACCUGAGGCAGAGCCUCAGAGAAGCGGUUUGUCCCAGAUCCUCUCAGUAGCAACGGGAGGACUAAUGAGUGAUGAGAACCACAAUGAACAGUGCUGGGAGCAAAACCUGCCAGAUUCUGUGAGAAACCACUCCGUUAACUGCAACAGCUUAGUGCAAAGUCACCUGUGUGACCCUCCUCAGAACCCGCUUCGUGGAGCCUGUGACCCUGUCGCAGAAGAGGGCCUGUGCUUGCAAACUGGAAUUUCUUCUCCACUGGAAAGGGAGCCAUUCCCUGGAAUUCAACUGGAAAUGGGUGAUCCUCCCAUGGAUGUGAGCCCUUUGGGAAACGAGCCUGGAAUCACAGAGACCAGCGGACCUCAGCCUGACAGCAACAUGGCAGUCUUUCAUUUCCGUUAUGAAGCUGACAGAGCAAUGUCCGACGCUUUCCAUACGCUGUCAGAAAAAUUAAUUUUGGAUGACUGUGCAAACUACGUUGCUCUUCCUGGGGGGCAGCAGAAGAAACAUUACGAGGCGUAUACUUGUAAGCUAGUGGAACUGACCAAAGACUGUGGCAAUAAGAACGGGCAGCUGCAGUGUGAACAUUGCAGCUUGCUGCACAGCAAAUACCUACGCUUUGAAAGCUCCUGUCCACAGGGUGACGUGGACUGCUCAGGGGCUGAAUUUUGCAGGGAGGGUUUUACUCACAAUCCACCUGCCAAGACUUUCCUGAGCCCUUUGGAGGAUUUCUCUGACAGUUGUGAAGACAUAGACGAUUUUUUGAAAAGCAAAAAGGAGCGGUCCACUUUGCUGGUGAGAAGGUUUUGUAAAAACGACAGGGAAGUAAAGAAGUCAGUGUAUACCGGCACUAGAGCGAUAGUGAGAACCCUGCCUUCUGGCCACAUUGGGCCAGCUGCUUGGAGCCACGUGGAUCGGAAGAGAGCGAGGCUCUUAGGGCCUUGUGGGGAUGGAAUGGAACCUCUGUCAGCAAUGGAUGUAAGGCCACGUGGGAGCCUACAUCUGUCUGAAGCCCAAUGGUGUCUGCUCUACAGUGCAGUGAGAAGGGGAGAAGAAGCAGAAGCUACGGUUGGAUCUCUCCUGUACUGUUCCAGACAGCUCCCGACCUCCGAGACAGCCUGGGGAAGAAUUAGAGACGGCCCAUGCAUAAAGCCAUGUGUCCGAGACACUGAGUGUGAGUUCCGUGCCACCCCCCAAAGGACAUCCGUAGCUCAGUACAUCACUGGCUCUCUUCUGGAGGCCACCACCUCUUUAGGAGCAAGAAGCGGCCUUCUCAGUACCUUCGGAGGAUCCACGGGACGAGUAAUGCUGAAAGAACGCCAACCGGGCAUCUCUAUGGCCAAUUCCAAUACUGUUCCUUCAAGUUCAGCUGGGAUCAGCAAGGAGCUGAUUGAUCUCCAGCCCCUCAUUCAGUUUCCGGAGGAAGUGGCCAGCAUCCUGACAGAACAGGAGCAGAACAUUUACCGAAGGGUCCUGCCCAUAGACUACCUUUGUUUCUUAACCCGGGACUUGAGUUCCCCUGAAUGCCAGAGCGCCCUGCCCCAUCUCAAAGCAUCCAUCUCAGCGUCCAUCCUCAGCUCUCAGAAUGGCGAGCACAAUGCCGUGGAAGACCUCGUCAUGAGAUUUAAUGAGGUGAGUUCCUGGGUGACCUGGCUGAUCCUCACAGCAGGCUCCAUGGAGGAGAAGCGGGAAGUCUUCUCACAUCUGGUGCAUGUGGCCAAAUGCUGCUGGAACAUGGGCAACUACAACGCUGUCAUGGAGUUCCUGGCUGGCCUCAGGUCAAGGAAAGUUCUAAAGAUGUGGCAGUUCAUGGAUCAGUCUGACAUUGAGACCAUGAGGAGCCUGAAGGAUGCCAUGGCUCAGCAUGAGUCUUCCCUGGAGUACAAGAAGGUGGUGACCCGUGCUCUGCACAUCCCUGGCUGUAAGGUGGUUCCCUUCUGUGGGGUGUUCCUGAAGGAGCUCUGCGAAGUGCUCGAUGGUGCCUCCAGCCUCCUGAAGCUCUGCCCACGGUACAGCUCCCAAGAAGAAGCUCUGGAGUUUGUAGCUGAUUACAGUGGACAGGACAACUUCUUACAACGAGUGGGGCAGAAUGGCUUGAAGAAUUCAGAGAAGGAGUCCACGGUCAACAGCAUCUUUCAGAUCAUCCGGAGCUGCAGCCGAAGCUUGGAGAUGGAGGAGGAGGACAGCUCCAGCGAAGGGACUGGCUCCAGGAAGAACUCCUUGAAGGACAGAACCCGAUGGCAGUUUAUAAUUGGAGAUUUGCUGGAUUCAGAAAAUGAUAUCUUUGAGAAGUCCAAAGAAUGCGACCCUCAUGGGUCAGAUGAGUCCCAGAAGGCCUUUGACCACGGAACAGAGCUCAUCCCGUGGUACGUGCUGUCCAUCCAAGCCGAUGUGCACCAGUUCCUAUUGCAGGGGGCCACAGUCAUCCACUACGACCAGGACACACAUCUCUCUGCCCGCUGCUUUCUCCAGUUACAGCCUGACAAUAGUACCUUGACCUGGAUGAAGCCUCCCACAGCCUCCCCAGCCGGUGCCAGACCCAAGCUUGGUAUGCUUAGCAACAUGUCUGAGCCCGGCAAGUUCCCAUCACUAGGCAAUGCUGGGCUGAGUGGCCUGGCCGAGGGAAUCCUGGAUCUGUUUUCGGUGAAGGCGGUGUACAUGGGCCACCCAGGCAUUGAUAUACACACUGUGUGUGUUCAGAACAAACUGAGCAGCCUGCUUCUCUCCGAGGCUGGAGUGACCCUGCUCUAUGGGCUCCAGACCACCGACAAUAGACUCUUGCACUUUGUGGCACCGAAGCACACAGCUAAAAUGCUUUUCAGUGGAUUGCUGGAACUCACGACAGCUGUGAGAAAGAUAAGGCGGUUCCCUGACCAAAGGCAGCAGUGGCUUCGGAAACAGUAUGUCAGCCUCUAUCAGGAGGAUGGUCGGUAUGAAGGCCCAACCUUGGCUCAUGCUGUGGAGUUGUUUGGUGGUAGACGAUGGAAUGCUAGAAACCCCAGCCCUGGGAUGUCAGCAAAGAAUGCUGAGAAGCCCACCAUGCAGAGAAACAACACCCUGGGCAUAAGCACCACCAAGAAAAAGAAGAAGAUGCUCAUGAGGGGGGAGAGUGGAGAGGCAACUGACGACGAGAUGGCGACCCGCAAGGCCAAGAUGUACAGGGAGUGUCGAAGCCGGAGCGGUUCUGACCCCCAGGACGUGAACGAGCAAGAAGAGUUGGAAGCCAAUGUCAUCACUAACCCUCCCAACCCCCUGCAUUCCAGAAGAGCUCACUCUUUGACCACGGCUGGGUCCCCCAACUUGACUCCCGGGAUGUCAUCUCCCAUCAGUGCCUGGAGCAGCAGCAGCUGGCAUGGGCGGAUCAAAGGAGGGAUGAAGGGUUUCCAGAGCUUUAUGGUUUCAGACAGUAACAUGAGCUUCAUUGAAUUCGUCGAGCUGUUCAAAUCAUUCAGCGUAAGGAGCCGCAAGGACCUGAAGGACAUUUUUGACAUCUACUCUGUGCCCUGCAAUCGGUCUGCCUCUGAGUCAGCCCCCCUGUACACCAACCUGACCAUUGAAGAAAACCCCAGUGACCUUCAGCCUGACCUAGAUUUGCUGACCAGAAACGUCUCAGACUUGGGGCUGUUCAUUAAGAGUAAACAGCAGCUUUCUGACAACCAGAGGCAGAUAUCCGAUGCCAUUGCAGCCGCGAGCAUCGUGACUAACGGCACUGGGAUUGAGAGCACGUCCCUGGGCAUAUUCGGGGUUGGCAUACUCCAGCUCAAUGACUUCCUGGUGAACUGCCAAGGAGAACACUGCACGUACGACGAAAUUCUCAGCAUCAUCCAGAAAUUCGAGCCUAGCAUCAGUAUGUGUCAUCAGGGCCUAAUGUCGUUUGAAGGGUUUGCAAGGUUUCUGAUGGACAAAGACAACUUCGCCUCGAGAAAUGACGAGUCACAGGAGAGCAAGCAAGAGCUGCGGCUCCCCCUCUCGUACUAUUACAUUGAAUCUUCACACAACACCUACCUCACAGGCCAUCAGCUCAAGGGAGAGUCCUCUGUGGAGCUCUACAGCCAGUUUGAAGCUUUAUCUCCUGGUGCUCAUCCUCUGGGGUGGAUUCCUUCAUUGGUCACACAGGUCCUCUUGCAAGGAUGCAGGAGCAUAGAGCUGGACUGCUGGGAUGGAGAUGACGGCAUGCCCAUUAUUUAUCAUGGACAUACACUGACAACCAAGAUCCCCUUCAAGGAAGUGGUGGAAGCCAUCGAUCGCAGCGCCUUCAUCACCUCUGACCUGCCAGUUAUCAUAUCCAUUGAGAACCACUGCUCACUGCCUCAACAACGAAAGAUGGCGGAAAUUUUCAAGAAUGUGUUUGGAGAAAAGCUGGUGGCUAAAUUCCUAUUCGAGACUGAUUUCUCAGACGACCCAAUGCUUCCCUCACCUGAUCAACUUAGGAGGAAAGUGCUUCUUAAAAACAAGAAGCUCAAGGCCCAUCAGACUCCAGUUGACAUCCUAAAACAAAAGGCUCAUCAAUUAGCAUCCAUGCAAGCACAGGCUUUCACUGGUGGGAAUACCAACCCCCCACCUGCCAGUAAUGAGGAAGAGGAAGAUGAAGAGGAUGAAUACGAUUAUGAUUAUGAAUCCCUUUCCGAUGACAAUAUUCUGGAAGACAAACCUGAAAACAAAGCAUGUGCUGACAAGCUUCAGUUUGAGUACAAUGAAGAAAUCCCCAAGAGGAUAAAGAAAGCGGACAACUCUUCUGGCAAUAAGGGAAAGGUGUAUGACAUGGAACUGGGAGAGGAGUUUUACCUCCCUCAGAACAAAAAGGAAAGCAGGCAGAUCGCACCGGAGCUCUCUGACCUCAUCAUCUACUGCCAGGCAGUAAAAUUUCCAGGCCUGUCAACUCUAAAUUCAUCUGGCUCUAGCAGAGGGAAAGAAAGGAAAAGCAGGAAGUCCAUUUUUGGCAACAAUCCUGGCAGAAUGAGCCCAGGGGAGACAGCAUCAUUUAACAGAACAUCUGGAAAAAGUUCCUAUGAAGGAAUUCGACAAACCUGGGAGGAAUCUUCUCCACUCAGCCCAAGCACGUCCCUCAGCGCUAUCAUUAGAACUCCCAAAUGCUAUCAUAUCUCAUCACUGAAUGAAAAUGCCGCCAAACGUCUGUGUCGCAGGUAUUCUCAGAAACUGAUCCAGCACACAGCUUGCCAGCUGCUGAGGACCUACCCCGCAGCGACCCGAAUCGACUCAUCCAAUCCCAACCCCAUCAUGUUUUGGCUCCACGGCAUACAGCUUGUAGCCCUCAACUACCAGACGGAUGAUCUUCCUUUACUUUUAAAUGCUGCAAUGUUUGAGGCAAAUGGUGGCUGCGGUUACGUUUUGAAGCCCCCUGUCCUGUGGGAUAAAAGUUGUCCCAUGUACCAGAAGUUUUCUCCCCUGGAAAGAGACCUAGACAACAUGGACCCUGCUAUCUAUUCUUUAACUAUCAUCUCUGGCCAAAAUGUGUGCCCCAGUAACAGCACCGGAAGUCCGUGCAUUGAGGUUGACGUCUUGGGCAUGCCGUUGGACAGCUGCCAUUUCCGCACAAAGCCCAUCCAUCGAAACACUCUUAACCCCAUGUGGAACGAACAGUUUCUCUUCCGGGUUCACUUUGAAGAUCUUGUGUUUCUUCGUUUUGCAGUUGUGGAAAACAACAGUUCGGCAAUAACAGCUCAGAGAAUCAUUCCACUCAAAGCUUUAAAACGAGGUUAUCGACAUCUUCAGCUGCGGAACCUCCACAAUGAAAUAUUGGAAAUCUCUAGCUUGUUCAUAAACAGCAGAAGGAUGGAAGAAAAUACCUCUGGCAGCAGCAUGCCAGCCUCUUUGAUGUUUAAUUCUGAAGAGAGGAAAUGUUCUCAGACUCACAGAGUCACCGUGCAUGGUGUUCCAGGUCCAGAGCCCUUUGUUGUUUUCACUAUAAAUGGAGGCACCAAGGCAAAGCAGCUUCUCCAACAGAUUCUGGUGAUAGACCAAGACACCAGACUCACCGCCACAGACUGUUUUCUGAUGGAAGAGAAGCAUUUUAUCUCUAAGGAGAAGAAUGAGUGCAAGAAACAACCAUUCCAGAGAGCUGUGGGUCCAGAAGAAGACAUCGUGCAGAUUUUAAACAGCUGGUUCCCAGAAGAAGGCUACGUAGGCAGGAUCGUCUUAAAGACCCAACAAGAAACCCUAGAAGAGAAAAGCAUUGCCCAAGAUGACAAAGAGGUGGUCUUGAGCUCGGAAGAGGAGAGUUUCUUUGUCCAAGUUCAUGAUGUCUCUCCAGAGCAACCCCGAACUGUCAUCAAAGCCCCCCGGGUCAGCACUGCACAGGAUGUCAUUCAGCAGACGUUAUGCAAAGCCAAAUAUUCCUACAGCAUCCUGAACAACCCCAACCCAGGCGACUAUGUGCUUUUGGAAGAGGUGAUGAAAGAUGCACCCAAUAAGAAGUCUUCUGCCCCAAAGUCCUCACAGAGGAUCCUUUUGGACCAAGAGUGUGUGUUUCAAGCCCAAAGCAAGUGGAAAGGUGCAGGGAAAUUCAUCCUUAAGCUAAAGGAGCAGGUUCAGGCAUCCCGAGAAGAUAAAAGGAGGGGCAUCUCCUUUGCAAGUGAACUCAAGAAACUCACUAAGUCCACUAAGCAGCCUCGAGGACUCACCUCGCCUCCUCAGCUUGUGGCCGCAGAAAGUGUCCAAGUCAAGGAGGAGAAACCUGUGGGUGCCUUGUCCCCCAGUGACGCAGUGGGUUACCAGCAGUGACAGAGGGCAGCGUGUUUGACCCAGAUAUAUUAAGGUGAAGAUCCUUGGUGAGAAGCUCUGAAGAAUGAACAUGGUGGAGAAAGCAUACUUUACUUUCAUCACAUGGAAACCAGAAACUGAUGGUUUCUCAACUCCUGCCCUCUUCACACCUGAUGUGAGGAACACGCGGAGGACAAGCAGAGUGGUACAGGGCUGCCAACCGACUUCCUGAGGAAUGAAGCCAGGACACCCAGGGCGUUGCACAGAUGUUACAGGUGAAAAAGCCAGGCCCAGGCUUAAGGCAACCAGCGUCAUCUGUAAAGGGACAGGCGGUACACAUUUUAGGGUCAGGGCCACACGGCUUCGGUUGGCUUCAACUCAGUUCUGCCACAGGAGUGCAAAGGCAGCUCCCGACAACAGGUACAAGAAUGAACAUGACUGAACAAUAAAGUUUUAUUUAUGGACACAUGAAUUGGAAUUUCAUAUCAUUUUCACAUAUCACAAAUCUUUCAAGUGUUCCAACCACUUAAAAUUGCAAAAGCUAUUCUUAAGAUUAAGGGUCAUACAAAAGCACAUUUGGCCCAAGGACCAGCUGGCUGACCCAACAUGGAGAACUGGGAACCAGAGGCACAGAGAUUGGAAAACCCCGAGAACUGGUCAUAGGUUUAAUGAGAAGUGCAAGUCUAGGGCAUUGGAAAUGUAAAUAUGUCCUGUGAGGUUUGUUAACAAUUAUUCAAAUUAGUUCCUAUAUUGUGUACCAAGGUGCACUCUUUAGGCUGCCGUUUUGCAAAUAGAAACGUUCUUUUUUUCAAAAGCUAUUAUUCAUUUGCCCACAGAUUGUUCCAAUUUCAGUUCUCACAAAAUGAAUUCAGAAUGAUGUACAAUUAAUUAUCUACUGAGUUGUGACGUCUUAAAAAGACUAAUCAUUUUUAAAAAGCAAAAGCAGACUAAGUUGAUGUUUAAAGUAGAUUUAUUUAUUUUGCAAUGUUUGUACUGACACUGUACUUGUGUAUUUAUUAGACAUAGCUUUCUUGAUAUUGCUAUGGUUACAAGCAUUAGUGGUUCAAUCUAUUUCAAGACUUCCUAAAAAUAAAACAUUUGAACAUGCUA